GACGCAGUCGUCACGACCAGCCCCGACGUCGGCGCGCUGCUCAAGGACGCGGCCGUCGGCGUCGAGGGUGGCGCCGGGAUCCGCCGCGCAACGGGCCGCGCGGGAGCGGCGGGUGACGGCCACGGCGGCGAGGUCUACGACGUGAACAUGUCCGGCUUCGACCCUCCCGGUGCGCUCAUUCCGCGCCACCACGGCGGCGAGGACCCCGAGAUUCACUCGCUGGACCAGGAGGGGGAACACCACGGCAACUCGCUCAACGAGGUGCACGGCUGGGCUCUGCACGUGGUUCUGCCCAUCAGCGCGUGCUUCUUGUUCGCCCUCGUGCUGGCGAGCCAGCUCCACAGGCUCCACGUCGACUGCAUUCCAGAGUCAGCGGCCACUGUCUUUGUCGGCAUUUGCUUUGGAUUGCUCAUGGAGUACGGCGGCGUUGGGAACUUGGACGAAGAGCUAUAUGGCGCGAUCAACUCGACCGUGCUGAACCUCGUGCUUCUUCCAAUCAUCAUCUUCGAGUCUGGCUGGUCUUUGCGGUACAAAGAUUUCGGUUCACAGCUCGUUUACAUUUUGAUAUUUGCUAUUGCCGGCACUGUCAUCUCCGUUCUGGUCGUAGGUUUCCUAAUCCAUGUUACAAGCCAUUGGCAUCAUAUCAACAGCCUCCGGGUUGCCUUUGCAUACGCAUCCCUCAUCUCUGCUGUGGAUCCAGUGGCAACACUGGCGACGUACUCUUCCUUGCAGGUUGAACCGCUCCUAAAUAUAAUGGUGUUCGGGGAGUCGGUCAUCAACGAUGCUGUGGCCAUAGUGCUCUUCCACGUACUGAACGACAAUCAGAUUUUCGGCGAGCCUGAGCCCAUGGACGAGGCACAUGCCGAUGACGCGUCGCAGCACAUUUACGAUCAGCUGGUGCAUAUACACCAGGCAGAAGCAAAGACGAAAACAUUCCAGUCUAUCUCGAUAGGCCUCGCAAGCGCGGUUCUAGAGCUCUUGUUUGGUUCGAUCCUUCUGGGGUGUGUGUUAGCAAUUACGUACGUGUUCGUUUUUCGAGUUUUCAAGAUGCGCGAGUCUGUCACGAUUCAGAUCAUGUUUAUCGUAGUGUCUUGCUUCUUGACGUACGCCUUGGCGGAGUCAAUUCACAUGUCUGGGAUCAUUGCUGUGCUCUUCUGCGCGAUCACCAUGGGCAUCUAUGCGAGGCCACAUCUCACAAUCGAGGGCGCGGCUCUUGCAUCCUUCGUGCUGAAGCAGGCCGGUAUGCUGGCGGACAUGGCAGUCUUCUUAUUCGUUGGCGCCGCGGUUACCAUGAUCGAUACGAAAGGCAUGCUUUUCAGCAUCAUCGUUAUGGCGGCGUGCUUGGUUGGCCGCGCUAUGGCAGUGUACCCUCUGGGCGCGUUGGUCAAUUGCAUCAAGAGAUGCAGGGUCCGUGGUAGCGGUAAGUCUGUCAAUUUGCUCAGUUCGAAUCAUCUGUUUAUGAUGUGGCAUGCUGGUCUGCGCGGUGGUAUCGCUUUCGUGUUGUGCAUGGAAUUGGGUGACUGGGUCGACGUCGUGGACGGCAAGGGCACGAAGCUGAUGCUGCGGACGGCCACGUUCAUGACCGUGUGCGCCUUCCUGCUCGGCCUCGGCGGCACCACGAAGCGGAUGCUCAAGAGGAACGGCAUCCGCUGCGGGGAGCAGUGCCACCAGGAUGUUCUCUACAAGAAGGAGUUUGCAGGAAGUACCCGGCGAUGUGUCGAGUCGGUGCAUGACAGUUGCUUGAAGCCGCUGCUCGUUGGCGACUUGGAGCUCAAGGCCACCAUGGACUCGGGCGUCAUCGGCCACGUGAUGAUGGAGGCCGCUCAGCUCCAGGGCCGGUCGAUGAACGACUCGGGGUUCGACCUCUCCGACACCGAGGAGCUGCGGCGCUCCAGGAGCCAG